UUUCUUCUCUUCCAUCAUUCUUGUCUCCCACCUCACACUCUUACUGUUCCAGGAGAAUGACUCUUCUUGGUCUUGCUCUGGUUGCCUUUCCCUCGCUGUUCUCUGUUGCAGUUGGGUAUGGUUAUGGAGAGGGGUGGUCUGGCGCUCAUGCUACCUUCUAUGGAGGAAGUGAUGCCUCCGGCACGAUGGGUGGGGCUUGUGGCUACGGCAACCUGUACAGCCAGGGCUACGGGACGAACACCGCGGCUCUGAGCACCGCCCUCUUCAACAAUGGCCUCAGCUGCGGCUCUUGCUACGAGCUCAGAUGCGUGGACGAUCCACAGUGGUGCCUUCCAGGAUCCAUUGUUGUGACCGCCACCAACUACUGCCCACCCAACUACGCCCUCCCCAACAAUGCGGGGGGUUGGUGCAACCCUCCUCUGCAGCACUUUGACCUCUCCCAGCCUGUCUUCCUGCACAUUGCUCAGUACAGAGCUGGAAUCGUGCCAGUUGCUUACAGAAGAGUGCCAUGCAGGAGAAGAGGGGGAAUCAGGUUCACCAUCAAUGGCCACUCCUACUUCAACCUGGUGCUCAUCACCAACGUGGGGGGAGCAGGAGAUGUGCAUGCCGUGUCCAUCAAAGGGUCCAGUACUGGGUGGCAGGCCAUGUCCAGGAACUGGGGCCAGAACUGGCAGAGCAACACCUACCUCAAUGGCCAGGCCCUCUCCUUCAAGGUCACCACCAGUGAUGGUCGCUCUGUGGUCGCCUACAAUGUGGCUCCUUCUGCUUGGUCUUUUGGCCAAACCUUCAGUGGUGGCCAGUUUGCUUAACCUGCCAACCUUUACACAGGGAGGUACUAAUGCAUCAUGCAGUAUAGCAGCACUAGGUGAGAGGAGCUUAUUUUGCUUUGGCUCUUCGACUUAUUCAGUAUAUAGCUUUAGACUGAGCUUGAAGGAGAAGAAAGGGAUGGGGAUUUCUUCUCCUUUUGGGAAGAAGUUGGCAGCGGUGGUGGACUCUGACCACCCGCCAAGUUGCAGAUGGGUCAACUCCUUUUUGGUUUCUGAUUUCCUUUUCCUGUUUCCUUGAUAUCAGCUUGGAAGAUGAAGUUCCUCUGAGGAAUCAUUUCGAUUAGCUGUUUGCUUGAGAGUUGUUGUAAUAUUGAGUCUUGUGUAUGGAAGUGAUGAACUGAGACUUCCUAUCUGGUAAUGGAAAUAAUAUUAUCUUCUGAGCUUUGCAUUGAGACUAA